AUAAAGAGGUGAAAUGACAAAUUAGCCCAAUGUAAAGAGCGACUAUACAAGUUACCCAAUCAAGCAGCAAAACUAUCAAAUCAGUUCGAAAGAAGUUUCUAGACAACAACAGAAACAGAGGGGAAAGAAACCACCGCAGCCGUUGGAUCUUCCAAUGGGACGAAGACUCUUGACUUUCGCGUUUGCGUUGGUGGUAGCGGUCACGGCGUUACGGUUCUCCACGGCUGAACCGGUCAAUAACUCCGCUUCCGGUGGCUUAUUGUGGUCGUCUGCUAACGGUGCAGGACUCGUUGGAAACACUGAAACCGAUGAAUCGUUAAAUGACCAUGACGAACUUGACGGCGGUUUUCCGUCACUCGAUGGGAUGUUACAGUGGGCCAUAGGUCACUCUGAUCCUGCAAAGUUAGAACUGAAGGCACAUGAUGUCCAGAAGUUAUCCGCAGAUGAGCUGCAACAACGUCAAAUGGAACUCAAGGAACUGGUGGAGAAAUUAGAAAUGCCAUCCGAUGCAAAACUGAUGAAAAUUGCGAUUGAUGACUUGAACAAUUCAUCUUUGAGCUUGGAAGACCAUCACCGUGCACUAGAGGAACUUCUGGUACUUGUUGGGGCAAUCGAUAAUGCCAACGAUUUACACAAAAUGGGAGGUCUUUCUGUGGUUAUAAGAGAACUUACUAACUCAGAUUCCGGUAUAAGGACAACUUGUGCAUGGAUUAUCGGUAAAGCCAGUCAAAACAAUCCCGUAGUUCAGGAGCAGGUUCUUGUACUGGGAGCAUUGCCGACACUAAUUACGAUGGUAAAAUCACGUUUCACAGAAGAAGCUAUCAAAGCAUUGUAUGCUGUUUCAUCAGUUAUUAGAAACAACCGGAAUGGUAUUGACUUGUUCUACUCAGAAGGUGGAGAUAUAAUGGUUCAGGGCGUUUUGAGUAAUGCCACUGCUGAUGUUAGACUGCACAGGAGAUCGGUGUCACUUGUCGGUGAUCUGGCGGAACAUCAGCUGGAAUAUAGUAGCAAACCCGAGCCGCCUUUUUUUAGCAGUUGUGCACUCGUGAGGCCGGUCCUUGAUUUGACAACAUCAGAUGAUUUGGACCUACAGGAAAAGGUACUUGUCGCUGUGAAGAAUCUUUUGAAGCUGAAGUCAGCCGAAGCGCUUGUUGUUGACGGAUUCUGUGGAUUAAAGGGAGCACUAGAAAGGAUGAGACAUCAAUUACAGCAGGAGGAAGAUAGAAGAGAGUAUGCAAAUGAUGUUGAAGGCCUUUGCAAGGAAGUAAAUUUGAUUUAUCUUGAAAAGCGUAACAAGGUCUCACAGGUUCCGACGUGAAUACAUGAUUAGUCCCAAAAGAAUUGGUAAACCGGAGCAGACAGAAUUCAAUUUCGAGAAUUGAAAUUUGGUUUUUUUUUU